AAGUUGAUGAUGUUGAUUUAAAGUUUAACCUACACUUUCCACCUGGUGAAAUUGGUGUAGAUGAAGGUCAAUUUAAGAGGCCAGCAAGGAAAUCAGACUAUAGCUAUUACAGCAAGGCUGGGUUGUGGGAAGUUGCAAAUAAGUUUGGUUACAACUCUGAGCAAUUCGGGCUGCUGAUAUCUCUGGAAAAAAAAUAGAAUGGAUGAGUUGGAAGACCCUAAGGAAACACCAGAAGAGAUGGCUUCAAACUUCACCUGUAGGAUGUUACAAUCACCACAAGAAGUUCUCAAGGGUGCUAGGCACAUGGCAGCAGUUGAGAUUAAGUGUGAACCCAGUGUCCGGAAAUAUGUCCGUUCUGUGUAUAUGAUGGAUGCUGUAGUAUCUACAUCCCCUACUCCGGAAGGGAAUACAGCUAUUGAUCUUUUUCAUCAGUUUGCAAGGGUGAAGUGGCUCAAGGACAAGCCACUUUCAAAAUUUGAUGAUGCAGAAUGGCUUCUCAUACAGAAGGCUGA